GCCUUGUAAAUUCAUCAAAGAUUCAAAAGCCUUGCUUUACUCGGACGAAGAAUCAAUUACAGCAUUAAUUUCAUCCUACUUUUUUCCAGAUUCAUUCUCAGAAUCAGAGUUAAAAGACCGCAAAGAUCACUGUCACAAGCCGACAGCUCUCACGACAAAACUCUGUUCAAACCCAGUUCCGAAAUACAGAUUUUUACUGUGAGAUAUCAAGAUGAAAGCACUCAUUCUCGUUGGUGGCUUCGGAACACGAUUGAGGCCCUUGACCCUUAGCGUCCCAAAGCCUCUGGUGGAUUUCGCUAACAAACCGAUGAUAUUGCAUCAGAUUGAAGCUCUGAAAGCUAUUGGAGUUACUGAAGUUGUUUUGGCCAUCAAUUACCAACCAGAGGUUAUGUUGAAUUUCCUGAAGGAGUUUGAGGAAAAGCUGGGCAUCAAAAUCACUUGUUCACAAGAGACUGAACCACUUGGCACAGCAGGUCCUCUUGCUCUGGCUAGAGACAAGUUGAUUGAUGGCUCUGGUGAGCCGUUUUUUGUCCUCAACAGUGAUGUUAUAAGCGAGUAUCCACUCAAAGAAAUGAUAAGUUUUCACAAAGUUCAUGGAGGUGAAGCUUCCAUUAUGGUAACGAAGGUGGACGAGCCAUCGAAAUAUGGUGUUGUAGUUAUGGAAGAAACUACUGGCAGAGUUGAAAGGUUUGUUGAGAAACCGAAGGUGUUUGUUGGUAACAAGAUUAAUGCCGGGAUUUACUUGAUAGACUCGUCCGUUCUUGACCGAAUUGAACUGAGACCCACCUCAAUCGAGAAAGAAGUCUUCCCAAAUAUUGCAGCAGCGAAUAAGCUUUAUGCGAUGGUGCUACCUGGGUUCUGGAUGGACAUUGGACAACCAAAGGAUUAUAUUACUGGCCUGAGAUUUUACUUGGACUCCUUGCGUAAAAGAUCCUCUGCAGAAUUGGCAUCUGGAUCUUACUUUAUCGGUAAUGUCUUGGUAGAUGAGAGUGCUGUAAUUGGUGAUGGCUGCCUCAUUGGACCUGAUGUAGCCAUUGGUCCUUUGUGUGUAAUCGAAUCCGGCGUGAGGUUGUCACGCUGUUCCAUAAUGCGUGGGGUUCGUAUCAAGAAGCAUGCUUGUGUCUCCAAUAGCAUUAUUGGCUGGCAUUCGACGGUUGGAAGGUGGGCACGGUUGGAAAACAUGACAAUCUUAGGAGAAGAUGUUCAUUUCGGAGAUGAAGUUUACAGCAACGGAGGUGUUGUCCUGCCUCACAAGGAGAUAAAGACCAGUAUUUUGAAGCCAGAAAUUGUCAUGUGAUCACAAAGUUGAACUUGGAAUCAACAUUUCAAGGAUAUAGCAAUUUGGUUGUCAAUGUUGCCCGUUUUCCUGCUUUUUUUUUAUCGUUAUUAUCAGGCAAAAAUCCAGUUCGAAUAAGUUCAAUGGCCGAGUGCCUAUCGACUUGGAGACUCGAGGAGAGCAGCAGGCAUUUAGUUACCGGAAGACAACCGGAUGCAGACAUUAGACACAUGUUAUUUCUG